CAUUGUACAAUAUGUGUGGCUUCCGUAGACCCAUUCUCGAAUUCUGCGGCGUUAAAACUCUCUUUACAAAUUCUUUCCAAUUUUACCAGUCGCCUACAGUCUACAUAUAACUGCUCGCCUUUCUUAUCAAUCCCAUUUUUCAAAAUAUCCAUUUCGAUUAAUGUUAAACUCCAAGCUAAGCCAUGCAAGUAAUUGAGACCUCUUGAGCAAACAAAAGAAUGCCCAAAAAUUCCUCUUUUCAAACACCCAUUUGCAAUUACUAAUCAGUGAUCAAAGAUAAAUCCUUUUGUUCCACAAUCGCCAUGCUUUUCCAUUUUGAUCUAAAAGAAUUUCAAGAAAAGGUGUCUACUCAACUCCGGCCUUUGCAACGGUCUUUCCAGUUCUGGGUUCGGGCUGCUGAUAUUUAUACUGGUUAUAAAGUAUUUCAGGUAAGAGCAAGUUUAGAGAAGGAUGUGCAGAAACAGGAGGUAAUGUGGGAGAAGCAGCACGAGGUUGCUGCUGACAAGAUAUAUAACAUGUGUUCUGACCUUGGUGGGUUUUUCCUCAAGGUUGCCCAAAUAGUUGGGAAGCCAGAUUUGGCGCCAGCUGCAUGGGUCAAAAGGCUUGUUACUCUAUGUGAUCAAGCACCAGCUACACCAUACAAUGUGGUUAGGGUAGUGCUCGAGAAGGAGUUGGGUCAAAGUAUUGAUGAGUUGUUCGAUUAUUUUGACAAGGAUCCACUGGGCUCUGCCUCUAUUGCUCAGGUUCAUCGAGCAAGACUCAAAGGUGACAAGAAUGAUGUUGUCGUCAAGGUCCAACAUCCUGGGGUUCAGGAAUUGAUGAUGACUGAUAUCCGCAACUUGCAAGCCUUUGCGUUAUAUAUUCAGAAGACGGAUGUCAAGUUUGAUCUGUUCUCCGUUACCAAGGAAAUGGAGAAACAGAUUAGCUAUGAAUUCAACUUUGUGAGGGAGGCUGAAGCUAUGGCAAGAAUUCGUCAUUUCCUUUGCCAGAAUAAC